AUAACGAAGCUUCGGAAUUACGAAUGUAUGCGUUUUUUUCAUUCCUGUGAGGCUAAGCUACUGAUAUACGCCAAAAUGAGGACCCAUUCACGCCCAUUUUUAUUCUAUAUAUCAGUUGACAAAUGAAAGAAAUUAUGAAUCCUAUUGUGACGUAAAUGACGUCACACAAAAAAUUUUGGCAAUGAAGCGUGACAUGGUAAAUAAUCCACUAAAGGUUGAUGUAUGAAUACAUCGUUACGCACGCUAUCUGCAUCUAUUGUUCAUCAAGUUCCCCUCAGAAGAAUGGAAAAAAAAUGGUUUUGUGAUUCAUAAUAUUUUGAAUUCAUCCUUACUGACCCGAUUCAAAGUGCUCCUGAAAAUAAAAUGGGAGUAUUAUUUUCAGGACUCUGAGCUGAUAACCGUACAUGAUUCUUGACAAUGGAUUCUUUUCGAAGUCAGUUUGCGGUAGCUCUGAUUCUUCUAUUUUCAACAAUAAAUGGACAAAAAAACCUAGUUCAGGUGGAGGAUGCCGAAUGCUGCUCUGAUAUCCCAGUGUCCAGCAACAUGGGUGCUCUGGGGUCGAGAUGCCCAACAUCACAACUUGAGACACAGUGUGGACAACGAGGCUGCUGUGUUGCAAUGAACCAAACGUCAGAGAGCACGGUAGCAGAAACGUAUCGUCCAUAUCCUUGCAUCGGUUCUGAUGACGUCAUAGAACCAUGGUAUGUUUGUGAUGGUAUAAUUGAUUGUCCUCAAGCAGACGAUGAAAUGUACUGUGGGAUGCACGUCUGUGCAGUGACAAUAUUCGAUGGCCCAUCGGCCGAUAUACAGGCACCUUGCCCUUACUCCGAGGAUUGUUACACUCCGACUGGCUCGUGUCUCGCCAGCGAACUGUGCCCCAAUCGGGGGCGCAAUGCAACAGUCAUUGCUAAUCUAUGUGUUGAUCCAUGUCCAGCGAAUUGCCUUUGUGACGCCCUCACCAUGAUUUGCUCUGAGUAUGUAGGAGAUGGCAGUGAAGUGGAACCAAUAGUACACCCGCGCUUGUUGCAAUUUGGCCUUGUAGAUGUAAGAGAAGGCGUUGUCAUAAGCAAUACAUCGAGUACUACGAAUUAUGGAUCAACUCUUCUUUUGAAUCCAUCCGACAUUCCCUACGUUAAUACGCUGGGUAUUGUUUCACCUGUUCCACUGACUGAACAUUUUCACCUUGAGAUCGAGGAAAAUGCCUUUGCACAGAAUUCCUUUCUACUUACACUGGUUCUGCAAGGAAGUACAUUGGAUACCCUGACUGAAGGAAUGUUUAGCGGACUCUCAUCUCUGGAAUACCUGAACCUGGAUGAUAAUCUUAUACAUAACAUAACGGUUGAUUCCUUCGCCCGUUUAACAAGGUUAAUAACGCUGUCACUGGCAAACAAUCAACUCACCGUUAUCGAAUCAGGCUCAUUCGAUGGUUUACACGAUCUGAGGUCAUUAAAUCUGGAUUACAAUUUAAUUUCUGUUAUCGCGGAGGGAACAUUUUACGACUUAAUUCAACUCAGAGUUUUGUUCCUGACAACAUCAGAAAUACAGCAAUUUCCGUUAGAGAUCUUCGAAGGCUUGGAAGGACUUGAAUCUAUGUAUGUUACUGACUUCCGUCUUUGCUGCCGAGUAGCCAACCUGAAGGAGUGCGUUGACUACGAGCCUGUGCGAUUUUCCUCCUGCUCUGGUCUGCUCGAAUACCAGGCUCUCGGCAUUUGCAUGUGGCUCCUUGGAGCUUCGGCCUUUUUCGGGAACGCAUUCGUCCUGGUGAUGCGACUCCGGGCUCAAAGGGACCUCAAGAGAGCCAGAAAGACGGUCAAAAUUCAAUCGAUUCUGAUUAUAAACCUUGCCACGGCCGAUCUGCUGACAGGACUUUAUAUGCUCGUUUUGGCAGCGGCAGAUACAGCGUUUGGGUCAGAGUACUUCGUCCAUGCCUCUGAGUGGCGGGAAGGGCUGCCCUGCAAAAUAAUUGGAAUCCUCGCUUUGUUGUCCGGCGAGGCUUCUGUUCUUAUCCUGGCUCUUAUCAGCAUCGAUCGUCUUCUUGUAGUGGUCUUCCCCUUCGGACCAGUCCACCUUUCUGUUAGGUCAGUGAAGAUCUGGGCUGCCGUGAUCUGGAUCUUUUCCACCAUAGCCGGUAUUCUGCCUCCGAUCAUUACCUCUGCUUUGAGCGAGGACGCGGUAGGCUAUUUCUAUAUCUACUCGGACGUCUGCCUCGGUCUUCCACUUAUUCGCAGCACCGAUGUUGAUUUAGUUGUCGAAGCGUACGAUUACGAAACGGGAAACGUCGACUAUACUUUGAAUUAUAUAGCAAACGGAAAAUAUGCUUAUUACGCCAUCCUGCUAUUCAUUGCUUUAAAUCUGUUGUGCUUUCUCAUUAUCCUCUUCUCCUACGUCGCCAUCUUUGUUUACGCGCGUCGUACGGCGCGCAGGGCAAAGCGCACACCUGAAAGGGAACAGGAAAUGCGACUCGCCGCGCGCAUGGCCUUGAUUGUAGGUACGGACUUCUGUUGCUGGAUGCCGAUCAUCAUCCUCGGUAUCCUCACGCAAACUGGCGCAGUCUCCGUUUCUACGCAAAUGUACGCAUGGUGCGUCGUUUUCAUCAUACCCAUAAACUCGGCAGUAAACCCUUUCCUAUAUUCCUUCGGCGAGGCAUGCACGCGGGGAAGACGAGGUAUUCGCAGUUAUUCAUCAACUCCGGUUGCAUCAAAUUCCGGAUCAAACUCAGAGCAGAAUUCCAAAGGAACAAAGACAUCUCUCAUUUGAAGUAUGAGGAACUCUUCCUUCAAUACCAUCUUCUUAAAAUCUAUUCUGUUCCACACUAUAAACACACUGGUUGAUUUCAAGUCCGAUGUUGGCCUUGGUGUUGACAUUUAGAUUGCUUCCCCUAGCUCCAAAAUUUAUUCAGAGUUUGUGAAACUGAUCCAGAUCAUAUUUUUGACAUCUCCAAAACUAGUGACUUUUCGGGAUCAUCUUCAAUUUAUGUUUGGUGUUAUAGUCGUGUAAACAUUGACACAACACGAAAAGGUCAACACUGAACUUGAAAUCACCCACUGUGGUAUACACUGUGUUCAAGUAGGUUUUCUAAUAGGGUUGUUCUACAGUCACACACUGGCGAAGGUAGCUCCAGUGCGACAAAAGCUAAUAUAAACGCGUUAGGUACUUUAUCAAUCAAAAGUCUGUGUUACGUCUUUUAGCAGAAACCAUGAUAUUAAGGCACUAUGCGUCUUUACAUAGUGGCUUCCUGCAUUCAACAUUGGGCAUUCUUCGUAAACAUCAGGACGCGGAAGUUAGGGUCCCGUAACACAAAGACUAGUGAUUAAUCGUACACUCCAUGUUUACGAUUGAUUGUACAUUAUAGUCAAUAGGAUCAAUUGGAGAAAACUGUUAUACAAACAUUGCUAAGCUUUGUGUUACGGGCCCUUGAUCUGCGUUUCGUUUGCAAAGUUCUUUCAUGCGACACAAUGCAUGCCUUUUGUGGAGCGUUGUGGCCCAGUGGAUUAGUCUCCGGACUUUGAAACAGAGGGUUGUGGGUUCGAAUCCCAGCCAUGACGUAAUUUCCUUCGGCAAGAAAUUUAUCCACAUUGUGCUGCACUCGACCCAGGUGAGGUGAAUGGGUACCCUGUAGGGUUUAUUCUUUGAACGCUAUAGCGCCUAUUAAUAUGGCGGCUUAGCUACAGCCGGGGUAAUAAUAUGAUACCAAGUAUCAAAGCGCAAUUGAGUAUAUGCACAUAGUAACUGCGCUAUAUAAAUAGACAUAUUAUUAUUAUUUAGUGAGAUGUACGUACGAGACUGGUCAUCACAGCAUGCCCGGGGCCUGACUCCGGGACUGUUAUACUGCAGACGCUAAGCUUGAGAUAUGAGAAACGCUAGAUUGAAUGUUCCCGUUGUAGAUGCGAAAGGUAAACAAAAAAUUAUCAUGUCACAAAACUUGCAUUGCAGGACAGCGUUUAAGACGGACCCAAAAGUAUUUUCCAAAAUCAAAUACUGUCCUUAAGGUCCGUACGCAUUGUACAGCGAAAAGUCUGGACUGUUUUGUCUAUGAGGAAGGGUAAGAAUUUGUAUAUAAUAGAAAAGACGCAGCUCUUACUUUAGACAAGAUAGGUCAACAAACCUGACAAACGAUCAAGUUAAGUUUGAUAAUAAUAGAGUCGUAUGAAAAAAUGUCUUUUGUGGCUUUUCUUUUAAUCUUUAUCACAAGAUUUCAAAUGAAUACAUCAUCACUGGACAUACGACUGAUUCUUUUUACAUAAAACGUUGCCAUGGUGACAAGGGUGUGCUAUAAACUGUGCAUACUUUUUAUCAUCAAAGGUGAGCGAGAAAGACAAACUCGAUGAGGUCUUAGGUACAGGUUCCAAAAUCAUUGAAACGGUCAUUACAACAGCGGUGGUAAUAAGUAAAACGUUGAGUCAAGAUCAAAUUAUAGUUCUUAGAUUGAUCUUAAAGUUGAUCUUGUCUAAAACAGGACUAUAUCAAUAAUAACAAUAAACAACUAAUCAAAGUCGUGAACUCACAAAAUUUCAUCAAACUAUCGUUCCGGGAAAGUGACAUUCCAAUUGCUUUAUCACUUCUAUUGUACAAUCCAUAAUUUUACUUUAAUAUUAUCAAUGGAACAGUACUUUCUUUUAGUAUUUGCUUUACGACAUGCGUAUGUAUCUUCCUUUUUUGAGGAAAUAUCUUUUGUAAAUUAAAAUGUUUACUGAAAUAAAAAUAAAA